CGGUGCUGCUGCUGUGUAGUAGCAGCCUCAGAAACAAGCCCAGAGCCCCGAGCCUCGUGGAUCCAAACUGGGCAGGUAGGGGCUCAUCGGUUAACCCAAUUUAAGAUUACAGUAGAUUUGGAAUUGCCUCAUUUAAGACUCGGGUGUAAGGAGGAAUCAGGAGAUGGAGGCUUGCUCGAUGAUUGGAGAGAGCACGGAUGCGAUAGUGAUGGAUGAUUCUCCUACAGAAGAAAGGGACAUUCAAGCUCGCAGAAGUGAGAUUCCUCGGUUGUCUCUGUGCCCUCCUGACAGCGAGUGUGAUGCAGAGGCCCAGUUGACAGUCAUCCAGUCUGAAGGGGAACUGUGUGACAGCUGCAGCAGCCUCGGCAGACCCUCUUCCUCCUGCCAGCUUUAUCACCAAGUUCCCCAGGGUCCUCAAACUGAGCUCUACGACUCUUCACAGCCCAGAAAAUGUCCCCACUGCAGCCACUACGGACCGGUCAAACUAAAAACCUGCCAAGACUGUCAUACAAACACAGCAGGUCCUCAUGCAGAUGGAGGGGUAAAAGCGGGACACACUUGUAGUUUAGCCCAUCAGACGUCUCAUCACGGAGCAGUGAGGUGCCAUUGGCUCCAUGGUUCAAAUGAGAGCGGGACACAGAAACCAAAGCAGAGACAUGUGGUGACAGUUAGGGAUGGAGGACUGUACUGCAUCCUUAGGAGUUAUUCCCAGCUGCUGGUGGACCAUCCGUUAGCGAUGUUGUUGGGUUGUGCUGUGCUGCUGCUGGGAUGUUCACUGGCAGGACUCUUCAUUGGGCCACUGCCGGACUUCUCAGAUCCACUUCUGGGCUUUGAGCCACGUGGAACGUACAUUGGCGUUCGCCAAUCCAGUUUGUCUGAGCUGCAGAAGAACACAGGCCCGGGGAAAACUCUGUCUCCUCUACCACAGACACUCAGUAAAAGUUUUGGUGGUGCUCCUGAUAGAGACAGCAGCAGCAGCAGAAGCAGCCAGUGGGCAUCUAGGCUUCGUAUUAAGAGGAUGCUGGCCCGAGAUUCUUCACCGAACACCUUCCUCUGCGAUGCUCCAGGCGAGCAUUUGGCUCAGUUGGUGUUUCGAUCAGAGAACUCAGCCAGUCUGUGGAGUCUGAAGGCCAUCCAUGCCAUGUGUGAGAUGGAGCAAUCCAGGAUUCGAUCCCAGGCUCAGUUCCAGGAUAUGUGCCAGCAGCAUGUGAGGGCUGAAGCUGAGGGAACAUCCAGAAGUGGCUGUUGUCCGAGCUGGUCUCUGGGGAAUUACUUGGCUGUCCUCACUAACGCCUCCUGUUGCCUCAGCCUCACCUCACACCAGGUGUCUGAGUCUCUGAACCUCCUCAGAAAAUGUGCUCAGUACUAUCAUGAAGGAAAAUUAGUGGAGGCCUGCGUCGAGAGACCCAAACUUGGAAGCUGCUCCUCUAUCCCAUCCCGCUGUAAGCAAUCCCGUGUGGUGUUCCAAAUCCUGCACUUCCUGGUCGAUAAGGACUUCCUUGGGCCGCAGACUGUUGAAUACCAAAUCCCUACACUGAAGUACAGCCUUCUGUUUUUACCCAUCGACAAAGGGGAGCACAUGAUGGAGAUGUACAUGAAGAGCCUUGAAGGCAGGGAUCUGACGUACAACAACACAACUAUCACUGGCAUGGACUUUGGCAUCAAGCAGACACUGUUCAAAUAUUACCUUACAAGAGAUUCCAUCUACCCUGUACUGGCUGUCACGUCUCUUCUCAUCACUAUGACUCUUUACCUGCACUCUCUCUUCAUUGUAGCAUUAUCUCUGAUAGCCAUCACAGGCUCCCUCCUGACGUCCUAUUUCUUCUACAAAGUAGCAUUUCGCCUGGCGUUCUUCCCCCUAGUCAACCUCUCAGCUGCUCUGAUUCUCAUGGGAAGCUGCUCCAAUCAGGUUUUCAUCUUCACAGAUUUCUGGAAUCUUCAGUUAUCCCAGAAUCCCUUGGCCUCCCUGGAGAAGAGAGUAAACAGAGCUAUGCAGGAAGUUGGCUAUUUGAUUUUAGCAUCAGGGCUGACCUCCAGUGCAGCCUUUUUCUCCGGUUAUCUCAGCAGCAUCACAGCAAUCCGAUGUUUCUCUGUUUAUCUCGGAAGUGCCUCGCUUAUCAGCUCAAUCUUGGCGUUGGUCUGGCUGCCCUGCUCUUUCAUUAUGCGUGAGCGCUACACACAAGCAUCCUCUGCAUCUGUAGCAGCGCAGGGGUGGAAACCAUGCUGCUCCAAAAACAACGGCGGAUUCUGGGAUACAAGCUCACGCAAGAGAUGCCUCUUCACUCUCAGGCAGAAGCUGAGAGAAUUAAAAAGAGGACUCAGCGACACUUCCAAUUUAUUAUUCAUGAAAAUCCUGCCUUGUGGAGUGGUGAAGUUCAGGUACAUCUGGGUAUGUUGGUUUGCAGUUCUCGCUGCUGGGGGCACAUACAUGACCUGCAUUGACCCCGGCAUGAAGCUGACCUCCUUAGGCAGCAGGGUUGCCCAGCUUUUCCGCUCCAGUCACCCGUUUGAGAGGUUCGAUUCAGAGUACCGUCACAUGUUUAUGUUUGAGAGACUGAGGAAUGGAGAGGAUAAACCAGUGACAGUAAAGCUUGUUUGGGGUGUCAAACCGACUGAUAGUGGGGAUCACUUUAACCCAAAGAGCAAUGGCUCUCUGGUUCUUGACCCAGACUUUAACAUGAGCCAGCCAGAUGCCCAGGUUUGGUUGAGGGACUUGUGUGGACGGGUUCAGAACCAGAGCUUUUAUUCCCCUCAAUCACCUGAAGAUAAAAAUGUCAUGACAGAUAAUAUCUGUCUUGUUGAGCAGCUUAUAAACUGGGUAUCUGUCAGGCAGUGCUCCGAGAGCAAUGACUCCCUCCAUUUUUGUUGUAAUGAAAUCCCUUUCCCCUACUCUCCCAGCGUUUUUGAGAACUGCCUCAGUAUGAUGCUGGCUGAGAGGUAUGCCGAGGGCCAUCUGGCUCACAGCGGAGGCCUGUUCUUCCAGCCAGAUGGCAGGGUCGCUGCACUCGUGUUGGCAUUCAAAACCACAUACCUCUACAGCUUCAACUUCAGCAGAACCAGUGUUUUCUACAGAGAGAUCCUCUCUUGGUUUAACAGAGAAAUAUCAGGAGCACCACAAGGGCUGGAGAACGGCUGGUUCAUCAGCCAUCUGUCUCUCUUUGAUUUACAGCAAUCUUUGAGCUCAGAGACUCUGGUAGUAGCUGGCUUCUCAGUAGCGCUCACAUUUGCUUUGCUGCUUUUCACCACCUGGAAUAUCCCACUAAGCAUAUACGGGACUGUUGCUGUCGGAGGUAGUGUUUUUGUCACUGUCGGCCUUCUUGUUCUACUUGAGUGGCAGCUGAGUGGAAUCGAGGCUCUGUUCAUAUCCUCAGCGGCAGGGCUAUCUGUUGACUUUGUUGCUAACUACUGCAUAUCUUACAGCUUAGCCCCUCACUCAGACAAAAUUGGGAAAGUAGCACAUGCCACUAAAAGGAUGGGAUGUCCUGUAGCAAUAGUUUCUGGUGCAUUUUUCUCCAUGGGGAUCAUCAUGCUGCCUUCCACAGUCUUGCUUUUCAGAAAACUAGGGAUCUACUUGUUUUUGGUUAAAUGUGUAGCGUGUGGAUUUGCGACCUUCUUUUUCCAGUCCCUCUGCUGCUUUUUUGGACCUGAAAGAAACUGCGGAGAGAUCACCCUGCCCUGUUGUUCGGAUCAUAAUGAUGCCGCUCUGUCCUCUUGCUCCGUGGCAGAGCAAGGUUCUUCGUCAGCCUCUGCGGCUAAUGGGUCAUUUGGCAGAUCCAGAGUGAGGAGGAGUUAUGAGACAGAAGCAGGUGGCUAUUUGUACCCCAACCACCAACGUCAGCAGAGGCAGAAGCCGCCCGGAGCAGGAGGAGGAGGAGGCGCGGGGCCGGAGCAGUAUGAGCUGCAGCCGUUGGCCUAUCGACUGAGCGACAGCUUCGAGAACAGCACCUGCACCAGUAAGCUGUCAAACAGACCCUCCGUGCUCUCUGAUGAGAUCGAGUUCUGUGGGAAAGAUGUAGACAGGAGUAGCAUGGAGGGGGACAGUGAAGACAUGUGCAGCCACCAACAUAAGAUCUGCCAAGCACCGCCAGCCCUCCAGACUUCAUCUCCUUACAAAGAAAACACCCUUCGCCCUGCAGCUCUGGCGCAAGAAGACGUAGCUAAGGACAAGCUGUGUAAAACAUGCAGAGGUCAGUCUGGUGGGGUGAAAAACUGGAACAACACCUCCUCCUACUCCUCAUCUUCUAGCAUUGAGGAAACUAUCAUCAGCCACACCCUGGAGACCUUUGACCAACUGUCUCUCUGUAAAGAGGGACAAACUGCAGAGCAGAGCCUCCAGCAACAUAAUGAGUCCACUGAGGGGAACCUCUUCUCCCAGUCCCAGAGCUCCUGUGAAGGCCUGGAGGACUCUAAUGAAACGUGCCUGAGUGACAUUGAACCAGGGCCUUCAAACACACAGCAGAAUGAAGGUGAGGAAGAAGAGGUCCAGUUACGGCCUGGACACCUAAACGGGAAGAGAGAUACACUUCGUCUCUCACUGAGAGAACCAGUUUAUGAGACUUGUAAUAAGAGACGCGUGAGCCAGAACGACGAAGUGGUGAUCUUACCCAACAGUAAGCCAGACCUGCCGGACGUUUGGAUAAAGAGAGAUGGACAACGAGAGGAUACAUGUUGAGCAAAGUUUUGGGGGAGUCUUUGAAACACUGUGCAUUAAAUGCUCUGAAUUUAUUUUUUGAAAAAUAAUUAAUGAGCUUAUACAAGCAUACAAUUACUUUAACUCAAAGGAAAUACAAGCCAACUGCAAGUGUGACAGCAUGUUAGUCUAAUGUGGCUGCUGAGGUUGUUACAGUGUAUGUUUCAUAUGAAAAAGGUCACAGCAUGACUGUUUCUACGGCCAAAGGUCAAUUUUAAGCAUGGCUUGUUUUCAACAAAAGAGAAGAAACAUAAAACUGCUCUCAUUGAGGAGUGCAGAGUUUACUUUGUGCCUGGAACUUUUCAACACCUUCACAGCCUGUGUUAAUACAACGACAGUGCUACCUGUGUGCAACCACUGGCCUUUCUUCCUGCUGGUAUCGACCUUAACGAGCCAUACACAUCAACAAACAUCAGGGUCCGGUUGUUGCUGGUUUUUCAAAAGACUAAGGGUUAGAAAAUUUGAUUAGAUCAGCUUUAAUUUAUCUGGUUUUCAGAUUAGAUUUUAAACUAUAUUGGAUUCUAUUUGGAAAAAAACUCAAAUUUCUGUUGCUCUUUUGAGAAUAACUGGGAUAAAUAUGAUCCCAAAAUCAGGGUUAUCCUGAUCCAAUCAGAGGGCUGGACUCAGGAAAAAAUGCAAAGACUUUUAAAAGCUGAAUACAUAUAGUUAAACAGUAGAUGAGGUAGACAGGGUAUGAAAAAAUGAAAGGAUUUCGUCCUCAUAAAAUAACUAGAUGUCAAUAUCAGACAGAAUAUUUCAUGUGAAGCCCAUGUGAGGAGUUUUUUGACAGGUUAAGAAAAAGAAUGGAAUUGAUUCCUGCAACCACUGUGAUAUCAACAACAUGUAAGAGGUACCUUUCAUCUACAGGGGGCGCCAAAAUCAACCCAGACAGAAAGCUUGUCAUAGGGGCUUUAAAGCCUUGUGUGGUUUCUGGCGCCCCCUGUGCACAAGCUAGAGCACAGGUCAUCUGGAUAUGGUAGCCCUAAAGUCUAGGUUGAUCCUUUCUAGUCAUUCUUUGAAAAACUGGAACAAAAGUUACCAGAAAAGGAAAACAGGAAAGGAAAUUAAACCAUUCGAACAACUGGGCCCCAAAUAUCAAAAUCUUAAAAUGUACAUAUUAAGAAAACAGAAAAUCUUGACUUAGUAGCAGAAAACUGCCACUACCUACAGUCAGUAGGUUUCACAAUGUUCUGAUAGUAUGUACAGUAUGCCCUUUGUGACCAUGACAUUUAAACAAGAAACCUAGUCAGUCAGUAAAGUAUCAUUUGUAGUGUCAUAGCUCGUUUGCAUUUAGUGUUUUACCUGUCAAAUUUAAAGUCCUGCUGUUUGUUCCAGCUUCAGUGCCAAAAUGUGUUUCUUACUUAAUGUACAAAAAAGGUUUCUUAUAAUACAUGAUAUUAAAUAUGUGUUUAUACAUAUCUGCUGGCAAAUUAAGGUGCAUACAAACUUUCAAAUCCUUCUACUGUAUGCCUUAGUGAAAGACAGCUUUUUCUAUUUCACAGCAGUAGCUGUACCAUCACACGCAGCUGCCUAAACAGCUUAUGAUUUGUGUACAGACCUCGCUGCAGCACUGUUAACAGAGUAUCUAAAGGAACAAAAGCCUUCAUGUACACCCUGUCCCACAGCUGAUGUGUCAUAUCAGCUGAUACUGUGUUUCUCUAUCAAAUUACUGUAUUUAUGACAUGAACAGCAUGUGCCAAACGUCUUUCAACUGCUUUAUUCACAUGCUGAAACAACAGAAACUGUGUUUAGUGUGUGUGCUGUGGAUGUGUCCUUUAAUGAAGGUAAAUCAAGAUAUGUAUGGUUCUUAGUUGGAUGUUAGAUAGAUAUAUAAGAGGUGUUAGAGAUGGUGAUUUAGACCUGGAUAAGAACAGAUGUGUAAAUGUGCCUAUGAGCAGUGUAGUUUUCAAGCUUAAAGAAGUGUUUGCUUUUGACUUCUUGUCUGUAACAUCACAAUCGUUCAACAAGCCUUCACUUCACAUGACUCAGCCAUAGGCUUUCUAUUGAGAAAAAAAUACAAAAUGUCACCACUGUCUUCAAUAAUUACUGAUGUCAAUGUUCAUUUUUCACAAAACUGAAAUAAAAUAAAACAUUUAUUUUCCUG